AACAAUUUCCCUCCCCCCCCGCUUGUCCGACCUCUCAGCCACUAAAUAGCCACCGAAAACACACUAUUAAUUACUAAAUUUAUUAUGAAUAAUUGUUAUAAGUAAUGGGCUAUAUAAGGAGUGACGAGGCUCGCUAGGGUACGCGCCCUCUCGAAUCAUCGUCUCCUCUUCCUACUCCCCUCUCUGUCCCUCUCUUCUCCUCCCCUCUGUAAAGAGCUUGGGGAAAUCGCCCCUCUCGAUCUCGAUCUCGAUCUCGAUCUCGAUCUCAACCUCUCUCCAGCAGGUUGCAAGAUGUCGAUCAUUACUCUCCCGAGCACCUACACUCUCAAAAGCAGCUUCCGAAACCAGCCGUCCUCUCUGCUCAUCAAAAGCCCUUCCUCUUUAAGCUCACUGAACCGCAUCUCGAUGUCAUCAUCCUCCCUAAAAAUCUCCAAUGGUUUUAGGGCCUCGGCAAUGGCUGUGUACAAGGUGAAGCUGAUCGGGCCCGAGGGACAGGAGAACGAGUUUGAAGCUCCUGAUGACACCUACAUCCUUGAUGCAGCUGAGAAUGCCGGGAUUGAGCUCCCAUACUCCUGCCGGGCUGGCGCAUGCUCAACUUGCGCUGGUCAAUUGGAGUCGGGAAAGGUUGACCAAUCCGAUGGGUCGUUUCUCGACGAGGGGCAGAUGGCGAACGGGUACGUCCUCACAUGCGUGUCGUAUCCAAGGGCGGACUGCGUCAUUUACACACACAAGGAAGGGGAGCUUUAUUAAGAUUGUUUGCUAGUCGCUUUAGGACUUUAGUUUGAACGAGAUGCUGUGCUUGUUUCCUAGUAUGUGGUAGUGGUGUUAGCUUGUGACGUUCUGUUAUGAAUAAUAUUGAACUUUUGAAAGUGUUCAAACCGAAACAAUGGGGCUCAUCGCAAUGCUCUGAAUCUGAAUUACAGAUUAAAGGCAACAAAUCACAAAUUCGAAUGCGCUAGCUGGAGAGUUAUUUUUACUGA